AGGGAUUCAGGCAGCAGUGCUGAGUCGGGCUGUGGCUCUGUGAGCAGUUCCGGUGACUGGUGCUGUGUGAGAGGCUGGUGGUGGUGGUGGAGGUGGUGAGAAGUGAGCAGAGUGCCGGUCGGCAGCGAGUGAGAAACGCCUGCAAAACAGCCGGGGAGCAGUCAGUCAGCCCACACACAGCCUCGGACAAGGCAUUGCACCAGGAGGAAGUUUUGAGUUAUAAUGGCUGGAAAAGGACGUGGACGUGGAAGAGCACAAUUCACCUUUAAUAUCGAGGAGAUUGGUUUUUCCAGAGGCGAGUCUUUGCCUGAGAUUGCAUUUCAGCCCAGGCCACUGUUUCCACCCACAGAUUUUAAGACUGUCCCCUUGAAUACAGGGGAAGAUGUAAACUACAUGCUGGCCUUGAAGCAGGAGUUGAGGGGAAGCUCUAAGAAAUUGCCUUACUUCAUUGAAGUUGCUACUGUAAAGCGAGAUGUUGAAAGAUAUACAGAGAAGUAUCAAGUUAAAGAUCCCAACAAGAAUUGGACACCAGAUUGGAGACUACUACCAGCAGAGUUAAAGCCAAGAACUAAAAAGCUUAAAACUAAAAAGGUCAAAAAAACAAAACCCAGUACAAAGCCAGCCGCAGACUCUAAUAUUAAGAAACCUACGGCCACAGUUGCUAAUGAGGAUGUUAUACAGACACUGGAGGCUUUAGAGAAAAAAGAUGCAGAAGGAAAAUCUGAUGAGGAAACUGAAGAGAAGGAGAAAGACAAGGAUGAGGAGGGAGAAGAAGCUGAAGUGGAAGAAUAUAAUGAAGAAGAAUUGGAAGAGGAAAAUGACUACAUUGCCUCCUAUUUUGACGAUGGAGGGGACUAUGGAGUCAGUGACGACGAGAUGGAUGAAGCUACCUACUAGCACUGCUUGUACUAUGUGAAAGGAUUUCAGCCUUUUCUUUGAUGGCAUUUAAAUGUUCCUCAGGUAACUCCAGCUAUGGGGUUUGCACAUGGAAAGGAAUUCAUAUCUGAAUUACAAUUCCAAAGCGAAACUAAUUCCAAAGUAUACUUGAGAGCUGAUUCAGUUUAGAUAAGUUCAACAAAAAAAACCUAUAGUAAUUACAACAGGGCAGGUAAUUGUUUCAAUGCACUGAUGUCUAAAGUUUGGAGCAAAGACAUAGCUUAUGCUGAUCUCUUAAAAUAGUGUUCUUUUUAUUACACAUUUCCAAUUAUAAAUCCAUAUGCAUAACUAAAGGAUUGCAAUUUUUGUGAUGAACAUAUGAUGAAUCCCAU